AUGGCAUCGCUUGAAAUUGAAAACAUUAGUAAUGCUGUAGAAAAUGAUAAAAAACGUAAGAUUGAUGAAGUUGAAAAAGUGAAAAAAAAAAAGAAAAACAAACAUUUAGAUUUAGAAAUUGUUAGAAAUAAGAAUGACACUAAAAAUUCAAUAGGAAAAGUUAAGAAGCAAAAGAAAUAUGUUGAAAUAAAUACAGCAAAGGAGGACAUUUCUGAAGGAGAAAACACAAAGAAUAUUAAAAUUACAGAAAAUUCUGAAGUCAGCAAAAAAGUAGCAACAAAAAAAGCAAAAGAACUGCCAACUGUAACCAUAGCUGUGCCUGGAUCUAUUUUAGAUAACACUCAGUCUCCAGAAUUCAGAACUUAUCUGGCUGGACAAAUAGCAAGAGCUGCUUGCAUUUAUAAAAUUGAUGAGGUUUGUUUUUUUUUUUAAUUUUAUUUUCACUACCUAUCUAAUUUUAUUAUCUAGUAUUUCAAAUAAUUUUUCAUUAGAUUGUAGUAUUUGAUGAUGUGGGUGAGCAGACUAAUGUAAUGGUGGCAAACAAAAACACUGAAGGUGGUUCAAAGACAUGUAAACAAUUGGCUGUUAUUUUACAAUACUUAGAGUGCCCUCAAUACUUAAGAAGAAUAUUAUUUCCGAUCCAUAAUUUUUUAAAAUAUACAGGAGUAUUGAACCCACUAGAUGCACCGCAUCAUUUUAGACAAGAAGAUAAUGUCCCAUUCCGGUAAAUUAUAAUUCAAAUAACUUUAAUUUGAAGCUAUAUUUUUCCUUAUUAAUCGACACAUUGUUUUGUAGGGAAGGUGUGGUGUCAACACUUCCACCAAAAAAAGGUAAAGGCUCCAAUGUAGAUGUGGGUCUUAGAAAGCAUGUACAUGUUGAAAAAUGUCUUCAACCAUAUGUACGAGUUACUGUCAAACUAAUACCUAAUUCGAGCGAUUCCAAACGUCAAAAUGGUAUAGUCGUUGCUCCUAGUACUCCAAAAAUAGAAGCUGGUAUUUACUGGGGCUAUACAGUAAGAAAUGCCAAAUCGAUUAAUGAGGUAUUUACCAAUUGUCCAUAUUCUGGUGGAUAUGAUUUAAAAAUCGGAACAUCUGAUAAAGGCCGUAGUGUAGAUGAAGUUAAUAGUGAUGAGCUAAGCAAGUUUAAACAUGCUUUAAUUUGUUUUGGAGGAGUUCAUGGACUUGAAUCUGCAUUAGAAGCUGAUCCAAACAUUGGCGAAGAAAACCCUUCAAGUUUAUUUAAUAUUUAUUUAAAUACUUGUCCAAAUCAAGGUUCUAGAACUAUUAGAACUGAAGAAGCUAUUCUUAUUACAUUAGCUGAGUUACGUUCAAAAAUGAAACUUAAAUAG